AUGGUUUCUCCAUUUGCUCUCCUCUCUUCGGUUGCCGGUGUCGCUUAUGCUCAAUACACUUCUAACUAUCUACCGAGCAACGCUCCCGCAACAUCCGCAGAGGGCCAGGCUGGUACCAACCAGUGCGGCACAAGAAACGACCAAAAGUCGAACUGUCAAAAUGCCUACAUUAAUGGUAUCCAGGACUUCUGCCUCUGGGGUCCCCCUGACCUGGGCCCGAACUCCACCGUUGGAGAGACUGAGCGUUUCGAAGUUUCUUGGUGUCUUCAGCAAGGCUAUGGUACUCGCACGAUCCCGGACGGCACUAUCACCGGCGCUCAUUUCGUCAAGACGCCCGACUUUGUCCAAGUCACAGGCGUUGGACUUUUAACAAAGAUAAAUAUCCCAGGUGGCGACCUUGGAGCAGAGCUGGAUCCCCACGGAACAGAUGGAAAUGGUAACCCAGUUGGAGGUCUAGUCUUUUCAUCAGCGUUCGGAGCUCUCCAGCAAAUACACGACUGGACGAGCUUCAUAGGUUCCGACCAAUUCUGCUUCCGGGCAUGUAACCCUGAAAGGCCCAACGGUGCAGUGUGGUGCCAACACAUAUACGACGUAAUGGGUUGUGCAUGGAACAUGCCUGCUAAUUACGACCCCGGACUAUUCGAAUCGUGCCAGGGUGAGAGUGGCGAGCCUAUGGGCGUUUACGAUGGGUUGACCUGGUUGCAAGGACAGGCCUGGACGCCUGCUGCCCACCCCAUGCCUCCCUCCUCGCUGUGCACCACCGUCACAUCUCCAGGCGGCACCCCCACUACAAGUACUACCCCUCCUUCUACAAUCAUAUCGCCACCAUCAUCCAUUCCGGCAGUCCCAACAAGUCGAUCAUCACGUGUGCAGGUUACAGCUUUCUUGACUGCCACCACAUCGCCACCAUCAUCCGUCCGAAAAAGUGGAUCGUCACGAGGGCAGGCUACCGAUUUCUCGGAGGAGUUCUCUGGCGCGCUUUCUAAUCGGUCCGUGCAUGGAUGGCGUAGAUAUGUGUUUUCGGCUGGACUUGCUUUGAUAACCUCUUACGUUGGUGCUGUCCUGUUAUAAUACGGUGUUCGCGUUCUUUUGUUCAUUAUUGGUUUGUUUCGAAAAUUGAUACUUUUCCUCUUUUGUUCGGGAUCGUAUUCGUAAGAACAUUUGGUUGGUUGGAUGUGACCGCGUCUUUACUUUAUUUGUAAUUAUCUGCUGUGUCUACAUAUUGAAGUAAGAGCUCUUCAUUCUC